AUGUCCGACACUUCGAGCCUCUCCACUCCAAGCAGAAGCUCAAUCAUCACAUUCCACGAGGUCACCGAGGACAACUGGCGCGCGGUUGCAAAUCUAAAGAUGAAAGACGGCCAGAUAGGCAAUCUUGCCCCAAACGUAUGGUCUCUCUGCGAAGCUGCUUACUCUGAAGACGCUUGGGUACGAGCCAUCUACGCCGACGAAACGCUUGUCGGCAUGCUCAUGAUGGCAAUCUGGGAUCCUGAUGAGGCGUACUAUAUCUGUGUAGAAUUCGCGAUUGCGCAUAUACAACAACAUAACCCAAAAGCAAAGCAGUUGGGUGUCAUGUCAACGCCGCCGGAGGGGAAGACAGCGUUGAAUCCUCUCAAGACUGUCAAGCAUGAGGACUCGCCGUACCGGUUUUAUGAGAAACUUGGGUUCAGGGCAGUCGCGCCGCCGGAUGAAGAUAAUGAGAUCAUGAUGGUGAUAGACUUGUAA